CGCGGCAUGACGACACGAAUCACGUACCACUGCAUCAUCAUCACGAACCGAUAUUUCAUUUUGUUCUCCUUUUCUCCUACCAAUGCCUCUUUCAGCUUUGUUGCUGUGGGUGGUGCCUCAAGCAAUCCCAUUAUCACAACAAACCAGAUAAAACUCUUCUGAAAAAGAAAAAAGAUUCCUCUCUCUCUCUCUCUCGAUUCCCAAUCUUCAAAUAACUCAAAACCCAAUCCUAACAAAUCUCAAUCCUUCCAAUUUCAUCUCUCUCUCUCUCUCAGAGCUGUUGUAUGAUUUUCCAGGUUUUCUCGCUUCCAUAAAUCAUUUCUUUCUAGGAGGGGAAACUGAAGAAAGAAAGAAAAGAAGAAGAAAUUGAAUUUCUUUCAAAGACUAGAUUUUUGUUUUUUCAGGUUUCCUACCCUCUGUAGGGUUUCUCUUCCUCUCAUAAAGGCAGAAAGGGGAAAAAAAUGGGAAACGUCGGAAGCAGCGGCCACCACAGCCGGAGACGGAACGGCAACCACCCCGGCCACGCUCCUUCCCCCUCUCCGCAACAUCCCCCGGCCCCAACACCGCAACCACCCCCUCCGGAGAUCAACGGCAACCGUUACGUUUUUGCCGCGGCCACGCCCUACCCGCCCCAAUACCCCAACCCGCCAACGUACUACCCGUACUCUGGCUACUAUCAGCACACCUCGCCGCCACCCCCGGUCCCAAUGCCUGCCCCCUUUGAUCACCGUGGUGGGCCCCACUUGGAUCCCUCCCAGCCGAAUUGGGUUGGGGGGCGGUACCCGUGCGGCCCUGCUCCGUCCCCUCCUGCGCCUUAUGUGGAGCACCAGAAGGCCGUCACGAUCCGUAAUGAUGUGAAUCUCAAGAAAGAGACUCUGAGGGUUGAACCUGAUGAAGAGAAUCCCGGGAAGUACCUUGUUGCUUUCACCUUCGAUGCCACUGUCGCUGGAAGCAUUACUGUUAUCUUCUUUGCAAAAGAAGGUACAGACUGUAACUUGACAUCCAUGAAGGAAAGCUUGGAACCCAUCACAGUAUCCUUCCAACAAGGCUUGGGUCAGAAGUUCAGGCAACCAUCAGGAACUGGGAUUGACUUCUCGAUAUUUGAUGAGUCAGAGCUGCUGAAAGAGGGAGAUACAGAAGUGUAUCCUCUUGCAGUUAAGGCAGAAGCAUCUCCAGUCGAGGAUAAUGAAUCAGCAGCUGGAACUCCAACGCCAGGAAAUAUAAAUUCUCAGAUCACACAAGCAGUGUUCGAGAAGAAAGAGAAGGGCGAGUAUCAGGUAAGGGUUGUGAAGCAGAUCUUGUGGGUGAACGGUAUGAGGUAUGAAUUGCAGGAGAUUUACGGGAUAGGAAAUUCGGUCGACAACGACUUUGAUGGGAAUGACCCAGGAAAAGAAUGUGUCAUCUGCCUGUCAGAACCACGGGACACAACUGUCCUUCCCUGCCGACAUAUGUGCAUGUGCAGCGGAUGUGCAAAGGUUCUGAGGUUCCAGACGAACCGAUGCCCAAUAUGCCGGCAACCCGUUGAGCGGCUUCUGGAGAUCAAGGUCAACAACAGACCUGAGGAGUGAGAGGGAGGCGCAUUGUGAGAACAUGUAAAGCGUUGUUUUUUUUUUUUUCCUUUUACUGUGGCUUCCAAUAAUCAGAUGGUUGAUAUAGUAUGCAGUUUUGCGGAUUUACAUUGGCCUCAGUUUGAUAGGCAUUGCCUGGCCGGGAAGACUGUAUCCUAACUUAAAUGUAUGUUGCAACAGGUAAGAUUGAGAUUGCAAUUUGAUUGUUUGAGCUUUUCAUAA